AUGAGGAAGGAACUUAGCUUGAGGAGCUUUUCAUCGUUCUUUCUCAUUUCAGUUUUUCUCUGUUUUUCUUCUUUUGAUUCUUGCAAUGCUAGAAAAAGCAAGCAUUUGAAAGAAAACAGAAGUCCUCCUUCCUAUACAACGGAGGGUCAUGUAGGUGGGUCAUCGACCAUCUUCAACGUCUUGGAUUUCAAUGCAAAGGGCGAUGGGACCACUGACAAUACAAAGGCAUUCCUGGAUGCAUGGACAAAUGCUUGCAAGGUGGCAGGAUCAACGGUUCUGGUACCAUCUGGUUCCACAUUCCUAGUGGGGCCCAUCUCAUUCUCUGGUCCUAACUGUCAACCGAAUAUAAUAUUUCAGCUGGACGGUACGAUCAUCGCUCCGACAGGCGCUGGACAGUGGGGUUCGGGGUUAUUGCAAUGGCUUGAAUUCACGAAACUGAAAGGGAUCACGAUUCGAGGUGGUGGUGUGAUCGACGGACGUGGUAAUGUUUGGUGGGCCCGUUCGGAGUUGGAUGAUUCGCAGAUAUAUGCCGACAGUAAAAUGCCUAGCACCAAACCAACGGCUCUAAGGUUCUACGGUAGUUCUGAUGUAACGGUUACCGGCAUAACAAUCCGAAACAGCCCACAAUGCCACCUCAAGUUCGAUAGCUGUACCGGAGUCCAGGUUUCGGGCGUGACGGUUUCGUCCCCAGGCGACAGCCCGCACACCGACGGAAUCCAUUUGCAGAACUCUCAAGAUGUGUCUAUCCUCGGCAGCAACAUAGCCUGCGGCGACGACUGUGUAUCCAUACAAACUGGUUGUAGCAACGUGAACAUACGCAAUGUGCACUGUGGGCCCGGCCACGGGAUCAGCAUCGGAGGGCUGGGAAAGGACGACACGAAAGCUUGUGUGUCGGGCAUCACCGUCCGUGACUCCGUCAUGCAUAACACGUUGAACGGUGUACGGAUCAAGACGUGGCAGGGCGGAUCGGGUUUGGUCCAGGACGUUCUAUUCUCCAACAUCCAAGUCUCCGAAGUCGAAUCUCCAAUCGUGAUUGACCAGUUCUAUUGUGAUCAAGGCAAAUGCAAUAAUCAAUCAGCUGCAGUCGCAUUAUCUAAUAUCCAUUUCGAGAAAAUAACCGGCACAUACACCGUAAAUCCGGUUCACUUAGCAUGCAGUGAUGCAUUACCAUGCACUGGUAUCACUCUAUCAGCCAUCCAACUCCAACCAUUGCAAGAAGGCCGCACCAUGUCCAGCCCCUACUGUUGGCAAACAUAUGGAGAGUUGCUUUCUCCGAACUCGCCGCCGAUUAAUUGCUUACGGACCGGCAAACCAUCAAUAAGCCAAGGGCCGUCUGAUGGCUCGUGUUGAGUAUGGUGUAGGAUAUGAUAUGUGUGAAUGCUGCUUGUAUUGCUUCACACCAUCAUUGCAGAGUAAGUGGGAUAAUGCGGCUAGAGUUAGUUGAUCCACAUACAUCGAUGAGAAGUGGACCACGCAUGUGUUCUUCCUUUUGAUGAAGUUAUUAUAAACUAUGAUGAUGGUUAAUGAUUGUGGAAAUGGGUUGUACGACUAUAAAUGUCACAAGGGUUGUACGGUUGUACAACUUACCUAGUUUUGGGCUUAGUCCAUUAGGUAUACUUAAUAUUGGAAUGUAAUAUUAUUGCUAGUGAUUGAGUGGUAGUCUUGAAAAUUUUUACCUUUUGACUUAAUAUAAAAUAUGGUAGCCAUGGCUCUUUUCGUU